UUGAAAAACGUUGAAAAAUGAGUCUGAAAGUUGGCACGAGACGAGAUCGUCAUGAUUUGAUGAAGGUUGAAAAGAUGACCAAGCUGAAACGUUUUCAGGGAUCAGCUUGAUCGGGAAUCGUCUCGCGGAUCGAGAGAGAGAGAGAGAGAGAGAGAGAGAGAGACCUCAGACCAUGAUAUUGCAGCACUCCACUUUCUCUGGGGCUUCUUCUCCUUCUCAGAUUUGCCUUCCUCUCAGCCAAUGGCAAAAGCAGACGAACCUAAUUCUUCACCAUCAACUACCCCUUCCUCGUCUCAGAGUCGCCAGAUCGUCCUCCUUCAAAAUCACUUGUUUCGUACCAGGAUUGUUCGAUGCCUUCGCUCAAAUAGCCUCUAAUAAGGUUCUGAUUGCAGCCUUUACUUCUGCGUUAGUUGGGCAGCUUGUUAAGCCCUUGACUUCUGUAUUUCUUUAUGGAAAGAAGUUUGACGUCAGAUCGGUGAUUGAUACUGGAGGAUUCCCUUCAACACAUUCUUCUGCAACAGUGGCUUCUGCAACAUUGUUGGGCCUUGAGAGAGGCUUCUCCGAUCCCUUUUUUGGUAUCACGUUUGUGUAUACUGGCCUUAUUAUGUACGAUGCUCAGGGUGUAAGAAAAGAAGUGGGGACUCAUGCCAAGUUACUGAACAAACUACUGAUCCAGACGCAAUUAAACUCUGCAAUACGUUCCAAAAAUACAGAUGCUAAUUUGAUCACCUCUAAGCCCCUUGUGUCAAAAGGCCAAGAAGCCUCUUCCAUGGAUCCAACACUAAGGAAUGCUUACCUAUCAAUUAAAUUAAACAAACCAAUAACUCAAAUUGAUGGGGAGCCAUCUUCUUCAUAUGGCUUGUCAGCAGCAGAUGCAGCAGAACUCUGCAGGUUGGCUGGUGAGGAUGGUUUAAUCCCAUUUAAAGAAUCGGUUGGCCACACAUCGAAUGAAGUGUUUGGUGGAGCUGUGCUUGGUUUCUUAGUUGGGCUGCUCCUCCAUAAUUUCUUGCGAUGAUAUUAAUAUCAAAUCCUUUUGCUGCAUAAUUCCUCCUCGUAUUUUGUAUCACUUGUUGACUGAAAAAUAUACGAGGGGGAUGGUGCACGAUACUUAAUCGUGUAUGAUUAUAGCAUUGAAAUAUGCAGAUCUUAAAAACAUGUGAGGUCUAAUGCUGCCGGAAGAAUGUUGUACUCUAAGAUCUGCAUAAUCAUGUAUGUUUGUAGCAUUAAAAUAUGCAUUCACCUGCAUAAUACAGAUCUCUAUAACUUUUUACAAAUAAAAUGUUUUUCAGUGUGUUCUUUCAA